GAUCUUCGCUGGGGACUUGGUUCGGAGGGACAUCUGCUUCUGGUCGACCGAUUGAGGAAAAGAUCAUGGCCCUCCACCCCCGCCGAGUGCGGCUGAAGCCCUGGCUGGUGGCCCAGGUGGACAGCGGCCUGUACCCGGGGCUCAUCUGGCUGCACCGAGACUCCAAGCGCUUCCAGAUCCCCUGGAAACAUGCCACGCGGCACAGCCCCCAGCAGGAGGAGGAGAACACCAUCUUCAAGGCCUGGGCCGUGGAGACAGGGAAGUACCAGGAAGGGGUGGAUGACCCUGACCCGGCCAAAUGGAAGGCCCAGCUCCGCUGUGCACUCAACAAGAGCCGGGAGUUCACGCUGAUGUACGACGGCACCAAGGAGGUGCCCAUGAACCCCGUGAAGAUCUACCAAGUGUGUGACCUCCCCCAGCCCCAGGGCUCCAUCAUCAACCCAGGCUCCACAGGGUCCACACCCUGGGAUGAGAAGGAUAAUGACGUGGAUGAGGAGGACGAGGAGGAUGAGCUGGACCAGUCACAGCACCAUGUGCCCAUCCAGGACACCUUCCCCUUCCUGAACAUCAAUGGUUCCCCCAUGGCACCCACCAGUGUGGGCAACUGCAGCCCAGAAACAGUGUGGCCCAAGACGGAACCCUUGGAGAUGGAGGUGCCCCAGGCCCCCAUCCAGCCCUUCUACAGCUCCCCGGAGUUGUGGAUCAGCUCACUCCCAAUGACCGACUUGGAGAUCAAGUUUCAGUACCGGGGCAAGGAGCACAGCCACACCAUGACUGUGAGCAACCCCCAGGGCUGUCGGCUCUUCUAUGGGGACCUGGGGCCCAUGCCUGACCAGGAGGAGCUGUUCGGACCAGUCAGCCUGGAGCAGGUCAAGUUCCCGGGCCCGGAGCACAUCACCAAUGAGAAGCAGAAGCUGUUCACCAGCAAGCUGCUGGAUGUCAUGGACAGGGGGCUGAUCCUGGAGGUCAGUGGGCAUGCCAUCUAUGCCAUCAGGCUGUGCCAGUGCAAGGUGUACUGGUCAGGGCCCUGUGCCCCCUCGCCUGUGACCCCCAACCUCAUCGAGAGACAGAAGAAGGUCAAGCUCUUCUGUCUGGAAACUUUCCUUAGUGAGCUCAUUGCCCACCAGAAAGGGCAGAUAGAGAAGCAGCCGCCAUUUGAGAUCUACCUGUGCUUUGGGGAAGAAUGGCCAGAUGGGAAGCCCCCGGAGAGGAAGCUCAUCCUGGUCCAGGUCAUCCCAGUGGUGGCGCGUAUGAUCUACGAGAUGUUCUCCGGUGACUUCACCCGGUCCUUUGACAGCGGCAGUGUCCGCCUGCAGAUCUCCACCCCGGAUAUCAAGGACAACAUCGUGGCCCAGCUGAAGCAGCUGUACCGCAUCCUGCAGACCCAGGAGGGCUGGCAGCCCCUGCAGCCCGCCCCCAGCCUGCAGUUGCCCCCCGCCCUGCCCACCCAGUAGCCGCCUGCCACCUGCCUGCUCUUUUUUUACAGCUUUGUAUAUACGGAUAUUUUUUAUUUUUCCCUCAUAGCCAGCUUGGAACCUGUCUUCCCUCUGACACAUCAGUCGUCUCUGACCUUCCAAGGGUGUCUAGCUCUUAAAGUUGAUUUAAUUUAUGGAAAAAAUCGCCCUUCAGUCUUUCCUUUUCUUUGUCAAACCUCUCAGUGGUAGUGGAAUGGAGUAGAAGGAGACUUGGUCUGGAAGUUUCCACCAGGGUUCUAGUGGCAGGCGGUGUGACCCCGAGCCCAUCAUUUAACCUCAGGCAACAGUCCUCACUGUAAAUCGAGGGGGUUGGGAGGGGCCAGAACUGCCUCCAGCCUGACCACAUGGCCUCCAGCCUUUGGUCUGGUCUGGGCGAAGCUGCCUGGGACAGGAUGUCUGCAUUAUUCUUGCGCCGCAUUUUUCUCCCCUCGCUCUCAUUAAAGUUCUCUCUAGCACUGAUUUGUCAGGAUUGAUCUCCGUUUGACCUGUUUUGCUAGUAGAGUUGGCUGGUUCCAGCCGCAGGAGGAGGAGGAGAUAGAGGGAGGGAGGGGAGCUGGCUGGUUGCUUAGGAACCAGGCUUGAUAUCUAAAUAGAAGUAGGUGCCAAAGUCUGAAAGUCACCUGGCCUGUGCUGUGAAGGCUCAUAAAUGAGCUGGGGGGAGCUGCCGAGCACCUGGGACCUUCAGGAACACAGCUGCCCUCACUCCCGCGCUGUGGCAGGCGGGUGCCACAGAGGAAGAGCCCUCUGCUCUCCCAGGAAGACCUGGGGUGUGAGCUGGGCAUGGAGGACCACCCCACCCCACUAUUCCAGGACAUUUGUCCUUCCUGUCAUGCUUUCAGCUGGGAGAAAUGGGUGCUGCAUGGCUGGAGGCCAGGCAGGGGCAUAGAGGCCCCGCUAUGGGGGCUUAACUGGCUGCCCCAGUAGCUGGGUGCAAGUGGCGAG